AUGAGCCGGAAAGAGUUGAUGACUCCACUAGGAAAAGCCUGGACAUGGUGGGUUUUCGUGGAUUAUAUCUGCCUGCCGCAGUACCACCGCACAAAGCAAGAGCAGCACUUUUUCAAGCGGGCAAUGAGGGCAAUGCACGUCCUCUACUCGCACAAGGCUGUAAGGUACGUCGUCCGUUUAGAGGAGCUCACACAGCAGAUGGAGGGCGUCCCUCCGCCAGCAUCCAUCGACAUUUAUUAUGAGGAGAGUACGGAACCAGGCAAGGGCAAGUUUGGGCCGCAGCCUUUCAGCAAGUUAGACUUCAACAACACGCCGUACCAUUGCAGAGGGUGGUGCGUGGCGGAGUGCCAGUGGAUGUCCUCCAAAACCGUUGCUGCCCGCGGCAUUGCGCCAAUGACGCCAGAAAGAUUUCGACAGAGGGUGGAGCUGGCAAGGCAAAACAUGCCGGGAGGCCUGCCACUAGUAUUCACUCACCGUGCCGAUGAGGAGGCUGUGUUGCAUCUGCAAGAAGAAGUUUUCCUGAAACAAGCACGACGGCAUCAACAGCUUGUUGUCCGCGAGUUACCUCUUCAAGAGCAGCUGUUUCUGGCCGAGGCCUUGCCACAUUUCACGGAGGUGACCUUGGUAGUAUUUGUCGGCUGCGUGAUUGAAGAAGAGGCUGCUGUGGCCCUUGCUGCAGCACUUGCAUACCUCAAGAAUCUGAAGAUGCUAGGCAUUUUGCAUUCUGUGCUCAGCGACUCAGCUGCAGAAGCCCUGGCGAGGGGUCUUAGGCAACGGAACAGCGAAAAGCUGACAGUGUUCUUUCAAACCUGGGACUAUCCCCAAAUUCAGUGCCAGCAAACUGAGCCCGACGAAAGAGCCAAAUGGUUCGAGGCAGUCGAGGGAAUUGAGGUGUCAGUCAUUUGUUGGAACCAUGACUUCUGA